UAAACAACGCACUUCGGCCAAAAACAGCGUGUUGUGAUAUUGGUGGGAAUUUUAGCCGUUUUUUACCUACUAUUUCACCAUGGAUGAUGGCGAUUACGAUCACGAUGAUGUCGGCGGGGAUGACUUCGACGAUGUCGAGGAGGACGACAACAUCGACGAGCUUAACCAGGAGGAGGAUGGAGACAACAUCGAAAUCAUCAAUCCGGGCCAGGCCGGUGGUGGCGUACCGAAGAACAAGCGCAUCACGACCAAAUACAUGACCAAGUACGAACGGGCCCGAGUGCUCGGUACACGUGCACUCCAGAUUGCCAUGUGCGCACCGAUCAUGGUCGAGCUGGAAGGUGAAACGGAUCCACUGCAGAUAGCGAUGAAAGAGCUGAAACAGCGCAAAAUUCCCAUCAUCAUACGGCGCUACCUUCCCGACUCAUCGUACGAAGAUUGGAGUAUCGAUGAGCUAAUUAUAAUUGACCAUUAAGCGGAUAGUAUUGUAAAGGUAUAUAUUGUGAAGAAAAGUGAAG